GUAAACACCCGCGCUACAGUGCUGUAAAGAUCAGAACAGAAUAGUGUUGGCAGACGCCGGGUGCAAAACAAUAAUAGUCCGCUUUGGUUUUUGUUUACGCUGCAAAAAUGACGAUUUUAUACAAAGUGGAGGGCAAGGAGUUCAGCAAGGACAGUGUAUUUCCGCACAAGAACGUCCUCUGCUCAGUUUCCGCGCGGAAUAUCGUUGCGUUUAGCGCACUGCAGAGUGCCAUUGUUCCGGCGUCCCACGGAGGAGAUGCAGGCGAUGGAUCCUUGCCAGGAGCGGGGUUGGGCGUAGGAGCUAGCAACAGCCACGUGUACGUGUGUGACAUCGUGACGCCGUGGGAAUACUACAAGGUGUGCUCCUCCAAGUCGCUAAUCAGUGUUCUCCAGUGGAGUCCCAACGGCGAGCAGCUGCUGCUAGGAUACGUCGGCGGUCGCGUCGAGAUCUGGCGGCCGAGGAACCAGUCCAUUAACCUGUGGGGGCUGCAGUACCACGCCACCGUGCCCAGCGAGGACAUCAUCGAGGCACAGUUCUUUCACAACGGCAAGGGCGUAAUCUUCAAUGCGCUGAAGAAGGAUCACACCUACUAUGCGGAAAAGUUCGAGCGGAUAGAGCAGCAGAGACCCACUCUCAGCGGAUUCGGCGGAGUGGCCAGCGAGGGAUUCGUGCUACUCACUUCCUCUGGCCUGCUGGCCGCCUUUAGUCUGCCCGGAAUCCAAAAGAUAGCUCCCGGGGGAGGAGCAGCUGAGGGCCCGGCCCACGAGGUCGUCGAGCUGACACCCACGCUCCACAGCAUCGGCAUUUCGCGCAGCUUCAUCGAACACUGCAGCAUGACGCCAAGUCCAACGGGAGCCCUCAGUAUCGCUUUCAGCUGUGGCUGGCAGCAACAGUUGGUGCAAUGCUUUAAGGUCUCGCUUUCCUUGGAGGGCGAACUGGGUCUGGAGCAGCACUUGGCCAUUAAAUCCGAGUCCCAGACCAGCAUAUUCCUAGGUCCUCUUGACGGGAGGCGGAUCAGUCACCUAAAAUGGACACGGGUGGCCAACGAUGAUGUGAUUUUCAUAGCCUACGCUUGUCCGGAUGGUGCUGGCAGUCAACUGGAGCAGUGGACGUUGACACGCCGGCACCAAAGUGUCCACGCCCUGCUCCAGGGCGGAGGAGGUGCCAACAACAAGCCAAAUGAGUUCGUGCAAUCGGAAAGCUGGGAGCAGGUUGGCAAGGUACAGCUAAAUGCAUCCUUGGCGGAUAUCAGCGUAACGCGACUAUCGGUAUCAGCGCCGGACUCUUGCCAAGUGUACGCCAUUCUUCAAGACAACAGCGUCCAGGUGCUGGAACCCAACUCGAUGAAGCAGCUUAAUCACACCCAGUUUGAUAAGGUAUCCGACGCCAGUGGUGGAGUUAAGUUCGUUAGCGGCGACUUGACACCCAGCAGCCAAAUGCUUCUAAUCUUUGAUAGCCAUGCGCAAUUGCACGCCAUGCAAGCACCUUUGCUGAAGCAAGGAGGAUCGGGUUUGCUGCUGCUGGAAUAUUGCAUCGUUACAGGUUGCGAUGCCAGCGAUGUGCUACUCCUUAAUCUGGGAAACCUGGAGGCUCUGGUGGAAAAGCUAACCGACAACUUUACGCGGCAACCGUCCUUUGUGCGGCACUUUUACUAUGCCAAUUUCCUGGCCCUCAAAUCCAACAUAUGCCGAGUGCAGCAGCAGGAGUUUGACAAUCUGAUUAUUCUACACGCAAUAUCCACCACAUUCAAGAGCCUCCUGCGGCCCUCUGAUCUGGGCUUCCAGGAUAAAGGACCUGCCGAUAACUUAGCCAUAAAGCUGGCCGAAUCCAUUCCGGAUGUCGAUACCGUGAUGCUCAACCUGGACGCCAAGGACUUCACUGUGGAGCCGGUGAUGCUGCAAAGUCUACAGCAACUGAUUCAGUGGGUCACAGACCUGGCGCUUAACAUGCUGCACCGUCUGCCCGAGGAAGUUAUGAAGAGCAAGCUCUCCGGGAAGCGGCCAAGCUACGACAUCAGCAGAGACAUCGUGGCCAUCAGCAGUCUGCGCGAGCUUCUGGUUAUGAUCCGCAUUUGGGGCCUGCUGAACACCCAGUGCCUGCCCGUCUACACCAAGACAAUGGACAACAUCGAUGUGCUAGUGAUUCUGUUUCGUUUACUGACUCGCCUGGCCCAGAAUCCUGCGGAGCCGGACGAAAUGCUUCUGGACGAGUGCAGCCUGCUGUCCAAGCAGCUGCUGAUUCCGCAGCCCACAAAGUUCAACCCCACCACGCUGCUGAGUGCCCAAGGAUUCGCGGCCGUAAAGUCGGGACAGCUGCAGUUCACCUCCCUGGUGGAGCCAACUUGUUUGCAGGACAUGGAGACGGAAGAAGUGGUCUUCGCCCGCUCCAUAAAAGAUGGCGUAAGCAAUCUCCAACUGGGCGCCCGACCCAGCAACAUCCGGAGGUGCGCCCGCUGCGGAUUCGUCUUCGUUAAUAACGCCAGCAAGGUGGCCAAGACGUCGGCCCUCAAGGCGUGGUUCAGCAAGUGGCUGCACUGUCACUGCGGGGGCUUCUGGAAGCAGGUUCACUAGAUAAUCUAAAUGAGCAAUGACCAUAGUUCUUAAGUAUAAUUUAAGCUUCAAAUAAAAGUGUAUAAUGGCUAACAACUUUAGAGAGAUUCAGAAAUUUAAUA